UUUUUAACUGAGACUGAGGGAAAGAACCGCGACAGAAAUGUAAGCAACCAGUUCAAACCGGUUACGGAGGGAAGGUGAGAUAAUGCGCUGAAAUGUGAUUGAAAUUUUAGCGUGCUUUUUGAUUGAAUUUAUUGGUAAAUGUUGUGAUGAAUGUGUGUGUCAUUUAAAAACAAAUAAACGAAAGAACAAGUUCUUGCUUCAGAGAAACUUCUUGCCAUAUUUCAAUUUUUAGUAAGCCUUUUAUUUAUAUUGGAGUUGGAAUUUUAUCUUGUGUUAUAUGACAACUUUAACACUUGAUGGGAUGAAGCAACCAGUUGCAUUCACCCCAGUUAAUGGGAAUAUGGCAACAAUGGAGACCCAGGCUAACAGUCUCCUAGAUUUUUCUCAAAAACUUGACAUAAAUCUUUUGGAUAGUGUGGUUAACUGUAUGUAUGUUGGACAAGGUGCUGAACAAAAGAUAGCCCAGAAGGUCUUAACUGCUUUAAAAGAGCACCCAGAUGCCUGGACUAGAGUGGAUACCAUUUUAGAAUUCUCUAAGAACCAGCAAACUAAAUAUUAUGGACUUCAGAUUUUGGAAACAGUUAUAAAAACACGGUGGAAGGUUUUACCACGUACUCAGUGCGAUGGUAUUAAAAAGUACAUUGUUGGAUUGAUAAUUAAAACUUCUUCUGAUGCUGAAACGUUGGAGCGAGAAAAGGUUUAUUUAAAUAAACUGAAUAUGAUACUUGUUCAGAUCCUGAAGCGUGAAUGGCCUAAAAAUUGGCCUAAUUUUAUUUCUGAUAUUGUUGGAGCCAGCAAAACAAAUGAAAGUUUAUGCCAAAACAACAUGACCAUAUUAAAACUUUUAAGUGAAGAAGUUUUUGAUUUUUCAAGUGGCCAGAUGACCCAAGUUAAGGCUAAGCAUUUAAAAGAUACAAUGUGUAAUGAAUUUUCUCAAAUCUUCCAGCUAUGCAAUUUUGUAAUGGAAAAUUCCCAAAAUGUUCCUCUUGUGCAUGCAACAUUAGAAACCCUUCUUCGCUUCCUUAACUGGAUCCCACUUGGCUAUAUCUUUGAAACUAAACUUAUAAGUACACUGAUUUAUAAAUUUUUUAAUGUUCCCCUGUUCAGAAAUGUCACAUUGAAGUGUUUAACUGAAAUAGCUGGAGUUGAUUCUAAGCAGUAUGAUGAGAUGUUUGUUAUUCUUUUUACUCAAACAAUGGCUCAAUUAGUUGAGAUGUUGCCGGAUCAUAUUAAUAUCAAAGAAGCGUAUUCUAAUGGUAUGGAUGAUGAGCAAAAGUUUAUCCAAAACCUUAGUUUGUUUUUGUGUGUCUUCCUCAAAGAGCAUGGAGAAUUGAUUGAAAAACGAGCAGAAUUGAAUGUUGUAUUUCUUAAGGCUCUUCAUUACUUAUUAUUGAUAUCAGAAGUUGAAGAAGUUGAAAUAUUUAAAAUAUGCCUUGAAUAUUGGAAUAGUUUGGCUGCUGUUCUCUAUAGAGAAAGUCAUGGUCUUCCUACUUCAUCACUUACUGUAACAAGAAGUCCAAAUUCUAUACCUCUCAGAAGACAGCUCUACCAACCUGUAUUAACAAAGUUGAGGUAUACUAUGAUUGGACGAAUGGCUAAACCAGAAGAAGUACUGGUUGUCGAAAAUGAACAAGGAGAAGUUGUUCGUGAAUUUAUGAAAGACACAGAUUCCAUACAGUUAUACAAGAAUAUGCGUGAAACUUUAGUGUACCUGACUCAUUUGGAUUAUGUUGAUACCGAGAGAAUUAUGACUGAGAAGCUUCAUAAUCAAGUUAAUGGUAGUGAAUGGUCUUGGAAAAAUUUGAAUACUCUUUGUUGGGCGAUUGGUUCCAUUAGUGGUGCUAUGCAUGAAGAAGAUGAAAAGCGAUUUUUAGUUACUGUAAUUAAGGAUCUGUUGGGAUUGUGCGAGCAGAAACGAGGGAAGGAUAAUAAGGCUAUUAUUGCGUCUAAUAUCAUGUAUGUUGUAGGGCAGUAUCCAAGAUUUUUGAGAGCACACUGGAAGUUUUUGAAAACAGUUGUUAACAAACUGUUUGAAUUUAUGCAUGAAACUCAUGAGGGGGUUCAAGACAUGGCUUGUGAUACAUUUAUCAAAAUUGCUCUGAAAUGCCGUCGACACUUUGUUCAAGUUCAAGUUGGAGAAGUGCAACCUUUCAUUAAAGAUAUAUUGGAUUCAAUCUAUUCUAUAAUUUGUGACUUAAAACAACAACAAGUUCAUACAUUCUAUGAAGCAGUUGGACACAUGAUCAGUGCUCAGACAGAUCAGACUAUCCGAGAAAAUCUAAUUGAUAAAUAUAUGCUUCUGCCUAAUGAAGGAUGGGAUUCCAUAAUCCAACAAGCUACUAAAUCUGUUGAUGUUUUACAAGAUGAUGAGGCUGUGAAACGACUGGUAAACAUUUUGAAAACAAAUAACAGGGCAUGCAAAUCUUUGUUACAUCCAUACGUUAUUCAGCUUGGACGGAUAUAUUUAGACAUGUUGAAUGUCUAUAAAGUGAUGAGUGAAAAUAUCAUUUCAUAUAUAAUGGAGCAUGGUGAAUCUGCGAUGAAGCAGUCCAAAAUACGAGGAAUGAGAAGUGUUAAGAAAGAAACACUGAAAUUAAUAUCAGGAUGGGUUAGUCGCUCUGGUGAUCGACAUAUGGUUUUGGAUAAUUUUAUACCCCACCUUCUUGAUGCAGUAUUACUUGAUUAUCAGAAAUGUUCUGUUCCUGCAGCUCGAGAACCAGAAGUUCUUUCAGCUAUGGCAACUAUUGUAAAUAGGCUGGAGGGUCACAUUACUUCUGAGAUACCAAAAAUCUUUGAUGCAGUAUUUGAAUGCACACUUGAUAUGAUAAACAAGGAUUUUGAAGAGUACCCUGAGCACAGAACAAAUUUCUUUCUCCUAUUGCAAGCAGCUGUCACUCAUUGUUUUCCUGCUCUAUUAAAUAUUCCUGCUACCCAGUUCAAAUUAGUUUUGGAUUCUAUAAUCUGGGCAUUUAAGCAUACUAUGAGGAAUGUUGCUGACACUGGUCUUCAGAUUUUGUAUCAAUUAUUACAAAAUAUUGCUCAAGAAGAAGCGGCAGCACAAAGUUUCUAUCAGACGUUUUAUACUGAUAUCCUUCAACACAUAUUUUCUGUGGUAACAGAUACGUCCCAUACUGCAGGAUUAACAAUGCAAGCAAAUAUUUUGGCCUAUAUGUUCACCAUAGUUGAGAAUGGCAAAAUUGUUGUUUCUUUGAAUCCUGCUGAUGCAACUGCUGGUGGAAUUUCAAAUGUAGUUUAUAUUCAAGAAUUUGUAGCUCAUCUUCUGAAAAAUGCUUUUGGCCAUUUAUCAGAUUCUCAGAUCAAGAUCACAGUUCAAGGAUUUUUCAAUUUGGAUCAAGAUAUUCCUGCAUUUAAAGAGCAUUUACGGGAUUUCCUUGUUCAGAUUCGUGAAUUUGCUGGUGAAGAUGACAGUGAUUUAUUCCUUGAAGAAAGGGAAGCUGCUCUUAAGGCUGCUGAAGAGGAGAAAAGAAAAAUUCAAAUGUCUGUUCCUGGUAUUCUUAACCCUCAUGAGGUGACAGAAGAAAUGCAGGACUAAAUCUGUGUGUAUAGAUUCUUUGUUGCAUAAAUACUGUGCUUUUAUCCAACUCAGAGCAUUAUUAUCUUUGCCAUGUUCUCAUCUCUUACGACUUCAUCAUGUGUUUGAAUCCUGGACUAAGUUAUAUUUUUAAGGAAAAAAUGAAAUUUGUUCAGUUUUUUUUCUACUUUAUUUGUGAAAUUAAAGGGACAGAAUGUGUGUUUAUUGCAUAUUUGAGACGAGAGAGAAUGCUAACAUCAUGUCCAUAUUUUGUAGAUAAUCAAACAUUUAAAUCGUUACUGAGUUUUUUUGCAGCAACUGGUGCUUGAAAGUAAUUGUAAAAAUAAAAAUGGAAGGGGGAUAAAAUUAUCUGUGUGCAUGUUUUAUAAAUGGAUGAGGUAUGGCGAAAUAGUUGUAUAUAAAACAUCACUCAUAGUAUGAAACUAAAUAUUAUAUUGAGAAAGUAUACAAUAAAAUCUCAUUUUACUUGUAAAAAUGCUUUUUAAUGUAUUUGUGAAAAUGUCUGUGGGAGUGAUCUCAUUAUCAACUUAAAACCGAAAUAUGCAAUUUAUGCCUUCCUCUUUAACUUCUGCUAACAUAAAUUUGUCAUAAGUUGUUUUGGUUAAGAACUAAAAAAUUUUGUUUCACAAUAUAAUUUUUUUUUAAACAACAGCUACGUUACCUAUUUAUCACAGGUAUGUUAUUUUGUAAUAUAGUUAUUUUGUGUGUAUGCGUGUGUAAAAUUCCCUCCAUAAUUUGAGUGAUAGUUACUUGUGUUGCACCAAAUUUUGUGUUUCAUUUUAUUGAUUUUUUUGUCUGAAGUAUUUUUAAUGGAAUGAGAGUAUCAUUAUCUGCUUUUCCACUAAAAACAUGACAUUCAUCUAGUAAACUAAGAAUGGUGUAUGAUUGAUGUUUAUAUAAGGUGUCUGUAGAUUAUGUUAAACUCUGUAUUAACCAUUAUGUGUUCCUUACUACUAUACAUGCACAACCUGUUAAAAGUGAAAAAAAUUAGCUUUUGAGGGGCAUAAUAAUUUUUUAUUUUUUUGCGUCAAUAGGUAAUAUCUUAUUAGUAUCUGAUAUCUAUGUAUUUUCUAAUUAAAAAGGUCUGUAUAAAUGAUAAAGGCAUGAAAUAAAUGAUUUGCUCACUUGUUUUUUUUUUUUUUUUGUAAAAAGUAAAUGGCAGCAAGUUUUUAAACUUUUCUUUAUUUGUUAUAAAUAAAUUACUUACAUCUUCUGACUUGUAAAUAAAUCUUUGAACUACAUUUAUUUUAAACAUAUCUGGAUUAAAAAACAUUUAAAGGAAUAUAUAAAUAUUUAAAAUGUAAGAAAGAAAUUUAUUUUUAGUAAUUAAGUUUAAUUUUACAAAUUUAGGAACCACAUAUUACCAUUCGAGGGCCUCAGGUUGUGCACCAUUUAAAUAACACAUUUUUGGCAUAAUUCAUGAGACACCACACAUUACUUUCAUUUAUUUUAAACAAUAAAAAUUUUGGUUUGAGUGGUAGAGUAAAUGCAGGUCAUAAGUUUACAAUGUAGUUAAUACUAGUUGCUGCUCAUUUACCCCUAUGGGGUAUAUUUAUACUAUGCAUUCUCCUUUAAAAGGAAAACUCACCUUUUCUCUUCAUUUGACAUUAGUAAGUUUUUAUCUUGAUUACCAUUUUUUUUUUCAUAGUCUCCUUUUAAAUUUUAUCUAUUUUUCACCUUUAAAGGCCCAUAGCAGGAUUGGCUUUGGUAUGGUUUUAACUAUGCUUUAAAUUAUCAAAUCAAAUAGUUAUGUCUGAAAGUUACCUACAUCAAAUAAUGUCUGAAACCUCUAAUAAAAUGUAUUUAUAAGAAAGCAGAUUCAGUUAGUAUGUUUUAAAUACUGAAAAUAGUUUUUUAUUAUUGCCGGAUUGAUUUGUUGUGUAUGAUUGAAAUUUUUCGCAAUAAAAUGUAAAAUGUUUAAAAAUGAAAUUAAAAAAUUUAAUGGUGCGAUACGCCUGUUUGUAACUUCUUAGUAACUUGAACUAAUUAGUACUCUCCAAGCAUUGUCCCGCUGAACAUUUAUCUAAAUUGAAAUGCUUAUGGAACAGCUGAUUUAGCAGUUAAAAAAAGUAAAUAAGAUUCAGAUUCAUUUGCAUUUUUUAUUGAUCAUCAUUAUAUCUUUUAAGAUUUUUCAAUAAACCUCUCUAUUAUAGUCUUAAAUUAGUUAUAUUUACAUGUUACCAUGUAGUAAGAGAUUUCUAAAAGCUAACUAAAUCUAAGUUUCCAAAAUAAAAUUCUAAUUGUUUUUAUAUAAUUUAAAUAGAUUGCUUUUAUAAUAUAGUAGUCACUUGAUUACCAUGAUGGUUGAGAAAGGCUUUGCCUAGAUAAGUAAAUAUCACAUAUAGUGGAAUUCUAUUCAUAAUUAUUUGCAAUACAAUUAAAAAGGGGGGGGGGAAGUAAAGUUCAUAUCACUGCUUUAUAAUGAAUGAAAUGAAAUGAUUUUUCUUUUUCAUUUAUUCUUGGACAAAUUGUUUGUUUUAUUUCAUUGCUUGAAUUUCACAAACAAAACAGUUUCUUGAUAAAGUGCAUAUAUCAAUUGUUUUUGUUCUGCAGGGAAAGAUUACUAAGGUUUUUUUCUUAGCUGUUACAGAUAAUCCCAUCACUUACAAUCUGGAGUCUACUAUACUAUUUAAAUAAUCAAACCUUGAACAACAUUUACUUGAUGAACUUUAAUGUUACAACCUUGCCAAUUACAUUUGUUUUAUACAGAUUGCCAAUCCUGUUGAACAGCCCCCUAAUUUUUUUUCUUUCUUUUUUUUUUUUACUUUUUCCUAGUCACAAGAGAUUCUGAUUGUUUUUUUUUAUCUGUUAAUAACCAAAGUUUAAAAAUAAACUUAACUAAUCUUCACUUGGGCAAUUAGCAGUAAUUAAUUUUCUCUGCUCUCUCAAGCUGACAAAAACAUCUGUACUUGAAAAAGUUCUAUAAAUAUAUCUGACUCACCAAAAUUUGUUAUAAGUAAUGUCAUGUGUUUAGUUUAUAAUUCACUUUUGUAAACAAGCUUGGAAAUUAAUAAAUUAUUAUUUGACAGUGUAA